GCGGCGGCAGAGACAGAGGUACAGGUGCCUCCGCCGGGCGACCGCCGCCCGCCAGCCCGCCCGCCUUGGCACCAGGCCUUCACGGCCCCUCUCCCGCCUCACACUCCGGCCUCCUCACCGCCCGGCCAAAUGCAGGCCGUCGCCCUCCCCGAGGAGAUCCGUUGGCUCAUGGAAGAUGCUGAGGAGUUCUUGGCUGAAGGUUUGCGGAAUGAGAACCUCAGUGCUACUGCAAGGGACCACAGAGACCAUAUACUAAGGGGCUUCCAGCAAAUCAAAACUAGGUACUAUUGGGAUUUUCAGCCCCAAGGGGGAGACCAAGCUGAAAGUUUCCUUGGACAGGACAGCUCUGAUGAUAACCAUAGUGGAACUCAUGGCCCCUCUCUCACAUCAGAUGCACCUUUUUUGCCCGAUUAUCAGGAUGAGGGAGUGGAAGACAUCACAAGAGGAGCUCAAGAGCUGGAUAACAUCAUCAAGCAGGGAUACUUGGAGAAGAAAAGCAAAGAUCAUAGUUUCUUUGGAUCGGAAUGGCAGAAACGAUGGUGUGUCAUCAGCAGAGGCCUCUUCUACUACUAUGCUAACGAGAAAAGCAAGCAGCCCAAAGGGACCUUUCUCAUUAAGGACUACAGUGUCCGGAUGGCCCCGCACCUGCGAAAAGAUUCCAAGAAAGAAUCCUGCUUUGAACUGACCUCCCAGGACAGGCGCAGCUAUGAGUUUACAGCUGCUAAUCCAGCUGAGGCCAGAGACUGGGUGGAUCAAAUAAGUUUCUUGUUAAAGGAUCUGAGCUCCUUAACCAUUCCAUAUGAAGAGGAGGAGGAAAAGGAGGAAGAAGAAGAGAUGUAUGACGAUAUUGAUGGCCUUGACUCCCCAAAUUCCAGUUCCCAGUGCAGACCCGUCAUCUUGCCUGGGAGUGUGGGGCUAAAAGAGCCCACAAAGGAGGAGGAAGAAGAUAUUUAUGAAGUCUUGCCAGAUGAAGAGCACGAUCUGGAAGAGGAUGAGAAUGGGACUCCACAUAAAGGAGUGGACUAUACCAAUUAUUACCAGGGCCUAUGGGAUUGCCAUGGUGACCAGCCAGAUGAACUAUCCUUCCAACGGGGUGACCUCAUCUACAUUCUGAGCAAGGAGUAUAACAUGUAUGGCUGGUGGGUAGGAGAACUGAACAGCCUCAUUGGGAUUGUUCCAAAGGAGUAUCUCACCACUGCCUUUGAGACGGAAGAAAGAUGAAACCCAGGACACAUAUCCUUGUCUCUGCCCUGCCUUUUUGAAGAGACUGCUCAUCAGGAGUUCCUAUCCGCCCCCCCUCCCCAGCCACCCCACCAACACCAUGGACUCUUCUCUUGACUGAACGGACCCAAGCCUCUGACACCUUGCAGUCACUGCAAACUGCCAGCAAGAUGAGUGGGCAGAGGCGGAGUCAGCAGAUCUGUUGCUAACCUUGCCUUGUACUUUCUCCCACCUUCAUUUUGUUUUCACCCCACCUCUAAACGUGUCCCCACAUCCACACCUGCCCUCUCCACAGGCUUGUCACAGAGAAGGUGAGAGAAAAGGAAACCUUUGGAGGAGGAAGUUGCUAGUUGUUUCAGCUGAUUUGAAAAGCAUAAAUAAACUUCCUAUUUGGUUCCUUGCAGUGUGUGACAGUGUCAGAUUUCUUUUUGCAGUGGUAUCCAAAGUGCUGGUUCCAGGCAUUCUUGCCACCUCCAAACAAAGGACAAAAGGAUAGCCUGAGAGAAAACAAAAACUCAGGCAGAGAAGGAGACUUGCAGUUAUCUUGCUGGGCAGAAUCCCCUCUGGAACCCAGGCCUGCCUGCUCUCUGGUUGGCUUCUCAGACUUCUUCUGGCUGCAUACUUGGUUAUUUUUCCUCACGUGCUGACUCUGAAAUGAGACAGGGCUGGAAGCAAGUCCUUGGAGUCAGCACGUUGGAGAGUUCCUUUUCGGACCCCGGUGAGCAACCACAGUGCGUCUUGCACCUCAAGUCCCAGAUAAGGGCCAAGGAAGUGCUUUGAGGAGGUCUUAUGUGUGCACAGCCCCAUUCUUGUCCCUGUUGUCUGUACCUAGCGCUCAGGUUAUCUGUGUCUUGAAGAGGCAGCAAAGCAAGGUGGUUGAGAACAUGAGAAUAAACCCCAGUUCCCCAUUUACUACAUAUGUUCUCUCAAGCAAGUUACUUGACAUUUUAUGCCUUAAUUUCUCCACCUUAGAAUCUAGUGGGGACUCUGUUUCAGUGGGUCAUUAGGAAAAUUAAAGAGGCAACAUGUGUAACAUACUUGGAACAACGCCUGGCAUGUAGUAACUGCUCAAUAAGGCUUAGCUAUCAUUUAUGGCCAGACUCACUGUGCAAGAAAUUUUGCAAAAUGUACAACUGAGCAGCUCUAGAAAUUUUACCUCUGAAACUGCCUAUUCAGAGCAGUCCUGGAAUGGCAAUAGCCCUCCUCACCUCUGCAACAACCGUAUUCUAGCCCUGCAGUAAGACACCCAUUUCACAUCACCAAGAGAGGGAAACUGGAGAGCUGUCAGUGCAUCCCAAGUUUCUCAGAACAUUUUAUGACAGCCAUUCAUUUCCAGAUUGCCUGACCCGGGAGUUUAAAAAAAAAAAAAAAGAAGCUUUUUGUGUAUGAGAAGAUAAAGAGGUAAGAAAAGGGGACAAUGGGGUCUGGCAGAACAAACAAAAAAGAAGGAGAUAAAAGGCAAUACAGAACUGUUGAUAAUGUGCCCUCCGCUUUACACAGGGCGCUAAAGGAGACUGAACCACUAGGUGGCAGCAGAUGAGCAGAUGAACCAAAAACAACCAAUUGCCUCCCGUUUCAGGAAGCUUUGCACCAAUCCCAACCUACAGGACAUCUCCUCCCAUGGCAUACACUCAACUGUGCACAAGACGGUGCUGGGAUGGCGCCUGGCCUUGGAUUAACUGAGCUGCUGUUGUACGCACUGCUGGUAAUGGAUCAUUAAAAAAGCCGGGAGUCAGAAAAAUCGCAUCCGUGUCUUUGAACGGCUCCUGCUGUCCCAGCAGCCUACCCUGCUGGCAGAACUAGCUGCUGAGCACCAACUCCAGGAAGAAAAGGAGCGAACAGAAGAAGGCCAACCCAGCUUGCUGUUUUUUGGCUGAGUAGGGAAUUGACACAGACCACCUCCGGCUCCUGUCUGGAAGUUUCGAGAUCAGAGAGCUUCAGGCACAGCUGGGUUCACAGCUGCACCAUUUGGAGCAUUGGACUCAUUAAUAUUCAUGAGUCAUCCCCACCAAUCGGCAGAGCGGAUGCCAUUAGCUUAGCAUCUGUCGGGUUUUUGUGAGGGUUGCGUAUGGAGUUUUUUUCCCCUUUUAAAUGAACUUCUUUUGACAUUUUGGAUUUGCCUCUGUAGGUUUUCUAGCCUCGCCUUGCUCCGCUGCAUCAUAUAAAGGAGAGACCCAGGGGAGGCGGGCAGGAAAGAGGGAUGGGUCCCAGCCAGGGCUCUGCAUCUGCCUGUUGACAAACUUUAUUUCUCUUUCAGCACCUGGCACCUCAGACAGGCUGCGAGGACGGAAGCGGCAGCAGGUAAAUUAUCCCUAACAAGGUUCAUGCCCACAAGUGCGAGAAAAGCCGGAUCCUGGCUCUCCAGAAGACGACCCUUCCUCCAGCGGUGGACUAGCGCGGCACACACAGUGCCGGAGAGCUGCGGCCCCCGGCUCUGAACCGUUAUUUCCACGCUGAUAAAUUCAUGAUUUAUGAAAGCAACUACUGCCAGCCCUCCCUCCCUCCUCCUCUGCUACAGCUUGUUAGACACGAAUGGCAACAACCGUCUUAAAUACUUGGAAUUUUAUUUCAGGCCAAAGCCCCUCAACUCUGAACUAAAUGCCAUGACAGUCCCACAGCACAGGCUGGUGUUAAAGGAGCCCGCAGACAGGGCGGGCUGGCCAGAGGAGGGGGGGGUGGGCGAGAGGAGAACCGCACACCCAUACCCACACCCACACCUAAGCGCCACGCAAUGCACACCGCCAGCGGCACUGGGCUCCUAGCCGCUCGGCUCUCCACGGAGAGGAAUUAUGGCAGCAGGAGGGCAGAAUGCCUCAUUGUGUGAAGGCGUGUCGUUCCUCACCUCCAUCCCCAGAGCCCUCUCUCCAGGCACAGACAAAGCCCUUGCGCCCCAUUGGACUGAA